UUUCCCCGUUCAAGUUAGCAAAACCCUUGUCUUGAAAAUAUAUAUUUUUAUUAUACUUAAAAAAAAUAAAAGUAAACAAUAAAUAAAUAAAAUACUUACUAAAAAUAAACUUAAUUACCUCGCCAUAGCCUUUGCUUCUCCAACAACAACAAAGAAGGCCACCACCGCCUGCAUCGCCACCACGUCCGCCACUAUCUCGUCAUCGUUUCCAAAACAAUCCAUCCUCACCUUCUUCCUUCCUUAUCACACAAAAUUCAGAUUUCUAUUUUAUUAUACGCUGUAAAACUAAAAAUCCAUAAUUCUCUCUUUCUCUAAUUGAAAACAAAAAAUCACCUUUUUCAAACUUUCUCUUAUUUUCCCCUCUUUUCCCGACUAUCAAACAGCUCAAAAAACACUAUCAAUUCUACUCUUCUGUAUUUCACACCUCCGAAUUAGGGUUUCCGCUUCAACCACUGCGAUUUCUGAAAGGGCUUCAACAGUGAGAGCAUUUCCGAUUUUGGAUUCGCGAAGCGCUUCCGAAUUAUCUCAGGUGAGAGGGAAUUAGGGUUUUCAUUGGAAGGUUUUAGAAGAUUCUAGGGUUUUAUAUUAGAUUUCAAAAAUAUCUACUUAAUGAUUUGGUUUCGAUCUUUCCAAACUAGAGAGAGAAAUUAGGGUUUUAUGAUGGUAGAUUGGUAACGAUGGUGAGGUUUCUAGGAUUGAGUCGAGGAGAAUCGGACGAGUCACCUCGCGAAAUCACCACCUCGAGGACUCCUCUAACGAGUGAGUCAGGUGAAAACGGAUGGCUCAUCAGAUUCUUUGACUCGGCGUUUUUCUGUGAGUGGAUUGCAGUUAGCUAUCUUUACAAGCAUGAUCAUGCCGGGGUACGAGAUUACCUCUGUAACAGAAUGUACACGCUUCCGUUAUCUGGAAUUGAAAGCUAUCUGUUCCAGAUUUGUUACAUGAUGGUUCAUAAGCCGAGCCCUUCAUUGGAUAAGUUCGUUAUUGACAUGUGCUCGAAAUCACUAAAAAUGGCAAUGAAGGUGCAUUGGUUUUUGUUGGCUGAGUUAGAGGAUUUGGAUGAUAAUGAAGGCAUUAGUAGGAUUCAAGAAAAGUGUCAAAUUUCCGCUACUUUGAUGGGUGAGUGGCCGCCCCUUGUGCCACCACCAAAUGCAGGUUCAAGUCCAGGGAGUAAAAACCAAGUUUUGAAUCGAAUCCUAUCAUCGAAACAACGGUUUUUGUCAUUGACAUCUUCUCCUCCUAGCCAGAGAUCAUUGUCCUUCUCCCCAUCUUCUGGGAACCAUUUGCAGGAGGAUGGUGGUAAUCAAUUAUUGUCUCCAGAAGAGAAUAAGAUCUUUAAAAAGUUUAUUCCAGGUUCAAAAGUUAGAGAUGCCUUGUUGUUUAGGAAGUCAGCUGAGAAAGAUGAAGAGGAGAAUGAAAAGGAUGGGUUUUUCAAGAGGCUUUUGAGGGACAGCAGAGGCGGAGAGGAUGAGGAGAUGACAUUGAGCUCAGACAGGUUUUUUAAGAGGCUUUUAAGGGAUAGUAGAGGAGAGGAGGAAGAAACGACUUCAAGUUCUGAAGGAUUUUUUAAGAGGUUGUUUCGAGAUAGUAGGAGUGAUUCUGAUGAUAAAUCGGUUUCUAAGCCAGUGGAAGAUGAUGAGAAAGAGGGAUUCUUUAAGAAGUUAUUUAAAGAUAAAAUUGAGGAUAAGAAAGAUGUGAGUGAUAGAAUUGAUGAUGUACAUAUGGUGAACUCUGUAGAAAAAGCUUCAAAACCAGCUGAAGAUGAUGAAAAAGAGGGGUUUUUCCGGAAAUUUUUUAAGGAUAAAUUUGAAGACAAGAAAGAUGGGAAUGACAAAAUUGAUGAUGGGAAUGUGAAUGGUGACCGGGGGGAAAAAUUUUCAAAAUCUGCUGAAGAUGAUGAAAAGGAGGGUUUUUUUCGGAAACUUUUUAAGGAUAAAUUUGAGGACAAGAAAGAUGGGAAUGAUAAGAAUGAUGAUGGUGAGGAAGAAGAAUCUUCAGAUUUCUCGCUCUUCAGGAGACUGUUCCGAGUGCAUCCCGAAGAGAAUAAAACUAGUAUGGCAAAUGAAAGCAGCAAUAGUGGUGGUUUGUUUGAGAGCAGUCCAGGGACUGAGAACUUCUUCCGCAAACUUUUUAGGGACCGGGAUCGUUCAAUUGAAGAUUCGGAGCUGUUCAGUUCAAAGAAGCAUAAAGAGAAGCGCCUUGCUUCACCUAAGCAACAGAAUGAUAGGUCAAAUGCCAAACCUCCGCUUCCAAAUAAUUCUGUAUCACAAUUUCGAAAGGGGGCUUAUCAUGAUUCUUUGGAAUUUGUAUCAUCAUUAUGUGACACAUCAUAUGGCUUGGUGGAUGUUUUUCCAAUUGAAGAUCGCAAGACUGCUCUCCGUGAGUCACUUGCAGAGAUUAAUUCGCAUGUAGCUGACGCCCAAAAUAAUGGAGGAGUUUGCUUUCCAAUGGGAAAAGGGCUGUAUCGUGUGGUUCAUAUACCUGAAGAUGAAGCUGUUCUUUUGAAUUCUAGGGAAAAAGCACCAUUUCUCAUCUGCGUUGAAGUUUUGAAAAGUGAAUUGCCAAGUACAAAGGACACAUCUAAUGCUCAGAAGCUCUCUAGAGGAGGAAUUCCUCUAGCAAAUGGUGAUGCAUUAUUGCCAAAGCCUCCUCCAUGGGCUUAUCCUUUAUGGACUGCUCAGGAGGUGUAUCGUAAUAGUAGUGAUAGGAUGUCAAGUUCCACUGCUCAAGCCAUUGACCAAGCAAUGACACAUAUGUCUGAGGCAAAAGUGAAAUUUGUCAAUGUGAGUUUUUCUCUCGAAAAGCGAUCAGUCGGGCAAUCAGGUAGUGUUGAAGCACCUGAUUUACAGUCUGGCAUGUGUUGUAGCAAUUUGAGUGCUGUUUCAGUUCAGGGUGGACAAGAUAUAACUCAAAAACUAAAAGCUGCACGUGCUAGUGAUUUGGAGUUGGUAAGGGUGGUGCUAACAGCAGAUCCUGGGCUCCGAAUGAAAGACAUUGAGGGUCAAGGUGCAACACGUCGGAAGGAGCACCGCCGUGUUCCAAGUACAGUUGCCAUAGAGGAAGUUAAGGCAGCUGCUGCAAAGGGAGAAGCACCUCCUGGACUCCCUCUGAAAGGGGCCGGUCAGGAUUCAUCUGAUGCACAACCAAGGGCUAAUGGGGGUAUGCCUAAAGCUGGUGAUGCAUUAUCUGGUGAACUUUGGGAGUUGAAGAAGGAGAGAAUACGGAAAGCUUCAGUAUUUGGGAAAUUGCUUGGUUGGGACUUGCGCUCUGUUAUUGUAAAGAGUGGUGAUGAUUGUAGGCAAGAACACCUUGCUGUGCAGCUUAUCUCUCAUUUUUAUGAUAUAUUCCAAGAAGCCGGUCUUCCACUUUGGUUGCGUCCUUACGAAGUUUUAGUUACAUCUUCUUACACAGCUCUUAUAGAAACAAUUCCAGAUACGGCUUCUCUUCAUUCUAUCAAAAGUCGAUAUCCCAAUAUAUCAAGCUUACGUGAAUUCUUUGCUGCUAAGUAUCAGGAAAAUUCUCCAAGUUUUAAGCUGGCACAGAGAAAUUUUGUUGAAAGUAUGGCUGGGUAUUCCCUUGUGUGCUAUCUUCUACAGGUGAAGGAUAGGCACAACGGAAAUCUCCUACUGGAUGAAGAAGGUCACAUCAUACAUAUAGAUUUUGGCUUCAUGCUCUCCAAUUCACCUGGUGGUGUAAAUUUUGAGAGUGCACCAUUCAAAUUAACCCGUGAACUUCUUGAGGUCAUGGAUUCUGAUGCCGAGGGAGUUCCAAGUGAAUUUUUUGACUACUUUAAGGUAUUAUGCAUCCAAGGCUUCCUAACAUGCCGUAAGCAUGCAGAGCGCAUAAUUCUUCUUGUUGAAAUGCUGCAGGAUUCUGGUUUCCCAUGCUUCAAAGGUGGCCCUCGAACAAUACAAAAUUUAAGAAAACGAUUCCAUUUAAGUUUGACCGAAGAGCAAUGCGUGUCAUUGGUGCUUUCCCUGAUCAGCAGCAGUUUAGAUGCUUGGCGGACAAGGCAGUAUGAUUAUUAUCAAAGGGUUUUGAAUGGAAUAUUGUGAAUUCUGAUUUUGAUUUGUUGCCGCAUUGUUGUACCUCUGGUAAAGCCAGACUAGUGAAGAUUUUCACAGGAAAAGAUACUAGCUGUGUGAUAUCAGGACAUUUGAUUCGCUAUGCAAUGGAUUCAGAGGUUGUUUUUAUUUUUUUAAGAGGGGAAAGGAUGAUUGAUACCAGUUUGUGGCCUGUCUUUCCUUGGUUUGAGGAAUUUGUAAUUGAAUCGGCAUAUGUAAAUGUAGGAAAACUAGCAGGCAAAAUAUACCUUUGCAGCUUGCGACUUCCAGUCGUGAAUUCUGCUCUGCAGGCUAUUGGUGAUUAAGUUACUAGGAGUUGGUAUCGAAUGUUUCUACCCAUCUUCGGACAUCGCAUACUGUACAGAGUGAUUUCAACAUGGACAAUACGUCAAGACAUGAGACGGCUGUUGCAGGUUGAAAUUGCAGUUACUGCAAAUCUUACACCAGUUUGCCAUCGAAAGCAGGUAAAGCAUUUAUGAUUUUGUACCUGCGAGACGUUUUAUGAUAAAAGGAUGGUUCACAAUGCAUUCUGGUUCCAUCUGUUUCAGGUUGUAAUUCUCCCUUUACAUUGUUUGUCAGUGAAGGGUUCUUGUUUGUAUCAUAGCAUUAUUGAUCACAUUUUCAUCUGUGAGAAAUUCCUUCAUAUAGAAAGAGUGUUGUUGUUAUUGGCAUUGAUAUUUUGUUUGAGUUAUUGAACUCUUUCAUUGAAUCAAAUUUCUGCAAGCUUGUUCAACUUCUUUGUUUCUAAUUUGUAAUUUUCGCUUUUUAAAAAGUUUGGAAUUUCU